AUGUGUUUCGUUGGAUUAGUUUUGAGCUUUCUUUUGGUUAAAACUUCGGUUGGAUAUCCAGAUGGAGCUCCUGAGAGAGCGUGUUUUUUCAUGAUCCCCCGACAUACUCAUCCCCAAUCAAACAGGCCAAUAUUCAAACAAAUGGGAGGAUCACCCUAUAAUAUUACUGUUAGUUCAGUCACUUACACGCCUAACAAACCUUUAAGGGUCACGAUAAGUGGUGCCCCGUUCAAGGGAUUUUUGAUAGUCGCUGGGGAGGAAGGGUCGAAAGACUGGCCCACGGGACAGUGGUACACAGAGAAUGACGCAGCUCGUCCUAUGUUCUGUUCGGGUAACAACGAUGCCAUUACGCAUUCCAAUUCCAGAUGGAAGGACUCUAUAACACUGCUGUGGUAUGGACCAACCCACUCGACCGCUGAUAUGAUUCAGUUCAUAGCCACGGUGGUGACAAACAGAACAACAUACUGGACAGAGAUCAGAUCGCCCAGAAUCACCAUGGACAACGCAGCUCAAGAGGCCCAGGCCGAGUUUAAUCCAUUCACUGCCGCGAUGUCAAGUUUCGGAUCUCCAGGACUGGACCCAUGGGGAUACCCAACAACGGAUGCCUGGGGCUGGGGAGGGGGAUUCGGCGGAAUGAGCCGGGGAGGAAGACGUUCUAGUUCCUCUGGGGGAGAGGGGGCGGCUGCUGGAGAAGCCGCCCCGGCAGGAGAAGGUGCAACACCUUCGUCAAGAAAUCGAUGGGGAAGUUCUAGAAUGAAUUUCGGAAGAUCAAACUUUUUCAAUCCAUUUUCUAUGUUCUGGAGAAGGCGGAAAUAAGCAAUAGAUAGAUACUUAGAAAAGACAUUUUGCCAUCUAAACCAAUUCUGCUGAAGUGUUA